UCACGCUCACACUGGCUCCAUCGACCAUGGCAUCGACCGCCAUUUAUCCCCCUCUCUUGCUCUCCCUUCCCCUCCAGAUCUCACAUCGUCUGCCCCCCUCCCUCCAAUCAGUCGACCCUCAAGUAGCUCUCGUGACGCACGUCUUCCUCUCCCUCUUCGCCUCCAUCUUUACAAUCCACCCAGCCUACCUACUUCCUCUCUCGCUCUUCGGCCUCAUCAGCUCUCACCCGGCCUUGACGUCUUUAUUGCCGCACUUCCUAGCACUAUGGGUCGUAUCGAUUGGCAUGGACAUGGCGUGGUUGCUGCGCAAGUCUGCUGAUGCAAACCUACUGGUCACGGCAGCCGUCGGGGCGAGCAUGGUGCUCAAGCUACCUUCUGCGGCAGCAGUGGCGCAAGUCGUGAGAUCUGAGGGGUACAUACAAGAGGAUGGAGGUGCAACUGGCUUCGCUGGGCUUGGAGGAGGAAGAGGUGUGUCACUGCCGGGUGGUGGACUGUGGAGCGGGACCGGUGCGGCAGGAGGUGACCGUGAAGCGGUCCCUGGCGCAUACAACAGCGUCUACGCAGACGAAGAGGGGGAUGAAGACGCUCAGGAGGUCCAUCAUCAGCAUGGAAAGCCGCCAGCAGCAGCGGGACGGGGUGGCUACAGCAGCAUCGCUUAGAUAC